AUGCGAAAGAGCGGAAGGAGCACGGGCGGAGGGGAGGGAGGGAGGGAGGAUACGACGAGGCAGGAAGACGUUCCCUCCCUCACAGAUCAAGUUACUCGCUGCUUGAGAGUGGAUGGGAUCGAAGGAAGGGUUCCACGUACAGACGUGGAGCAGGGUCUCCGUGGCUUGUUCGGCGUUUUCGGCGAAGUGGAAAUGGUGAAGCUGUUGCAGCCUGAGGGUAGUCCUGCGGCGACGAGGUCCUCUCCUUCCUCAAGAACCAGCCAUGAACGUCAAGCCGUCAUCGCCUUUAAGAGUCGUGACGCAGCGCGGCAGGCGAUUGCCAGGCUUCAGGGGUUCGCCAUCUGGGGGAAGCCUCUGCUCCUUUCGUUCUGCAGUGAGACGAAGGGAGAGGAAGAAUACGAAGAGAGCAAGAAGCAGGCGAUCAAAUACCCCAAGAGCGCUCCUCCCAAGAGACAAGACGGGGUUGGUGAAGAGAUCUCCGACAGGAUGAAGAGCGUGAAGAGGAAUAUGAUGAACGAGUUCGAAGGUAAGUCGCCUGAGCCUUCGAGGGAGAUGUCUGCAUCUCUACCGCACAAGAAGUUUGCUGCCGACUAUGAGCAUCGCGGAGAGAGCGCGAUUGAUCGCCUUGAUCGUCUCAUGCUGGAGCGACUUAUCCAGGAUGCAAAUUCUCUCCAUACUCGUGAGGAGGUGAAGGCAGGCCGCCGGUCCGGAGUAGACCUGGCGGAUUUGAAUGCAAACGCCAGGGAGCCAAGAAGGUUCGAAGGAUCUCAGAGUGCGAGUCAACAAGAAGUCGCUGCUGCAAAGCGAAAAGUCAACGACAUGUCGGCCUUGUCGGACUUGGAAGAAGGCUCCGAUCUUGUUGUCUCCAAUUCAUCAGUAUGCAGCAAUGAUGCCGAGAGUGCUGGUGGUAUCGAGUACGAGUCCAAUGUUCAGGCUUCGGUCUCCUCAAACUCUUCAUAUCAGAAGAAUAUGAUGAGCGAUUCCCGCACAAAAUCAUCCGCUGGAUCCAAGAAGCAGGCGAAUUCCGAAGACUCCGACUCCGAUUCUCCGCUAUCGCGCGAUGACCUGGAUUAUCGCCAAAAUGAUCUUGACUUGGAGUCGAUCAGUGAUGAGGAUGAAAAUGCAGAAUUCAAUGAGUUGGCAUCAAAAGAAAUAGAUAGCUUGAUGCAGAACUUUGAGGGGAACGAUGCUAUGGAAAGCAAAUUGUUACAGCUGAAAGAAAUGUUGAGCAUCACGACCUACAUUCGUGAACUGGACACGCUGAUGAAAAAUUUGGAUUCGCUGAAACAAUUGAAUGAUUCUAAAGGUGACUCCAAAGCAAAGGGAGAGAGUGUCAAACCACAGGAGCAGCAGCUGAAGGCAAAUCCCUCAAUGGCAGCGAGUCGGUUGCAAGCGAGUAGAGAAGACGAACAGCUCAAACAGCUGGAGCAGCGCGAGUUGAAGUUGCAAGAGGCUGCCAAACGAUUGCAGUCGAUCGAACAAAAGUUGAAUAGCAUACCCCAAGAAUUUAUCGAGGGGAAAGUAAUGAAAUCAGUGUCACUGGACAAGGAAGCUGACCAGAGCUAUGAGUCCUCUGACUUCGAUCACAGAAUUUCAAGCGAAAUCUCUUCCAUCUCGAGCAGCAACGAAGCUGAUGAAGACUACGAUGAUUCAUACAUGCACCGUCAGGAGAACAAGAGUCGACGAGAUCAAACGAGAGACCCGAAACCAACUCCGAUUCCUGGAGUCAAGAAUUCGCCUUCAGAAAAUAGCUCGCCAGGCAGGAACACGUCACUGAGCAGGAAUGAGAAAAGCAACACCGUGCCCAUGGAGGAUCGCGGGUUGUCCUUUUCGAACAUGCCCAAUGAGCUCAAGACUGAGCUUGAAGACUUGCAGAAGCUGCAAGACCGGAUAGCUUACCUCAAAGAUCUGCUUGCCGUCACGAAAGAACAGCAGCGUCUGCUGGAGGUGGCUGGCACGGGGGUAGAUACUGAGUCGGGCGACUUUCCGUUCGACGCAGACGAGGAAUCAGGAGGUGACGAGUGGCCCAACUUUCAUCGCCACGAGGGUCCUCAAGGCGCAGAGCACAGGGCAGGAGAGAGAACGAAUGGCGAUAGGGAGGUCAGACAACCCGCUCGUCCUCAGAGCAGACUGUCCGAAGGCGCAAGACCAACCUCGAGGCUGUCAUGGGCGGAUGAGGAAGCUGGGAUUCAUCGGUACCUUCCAACGGACGAUGCGUCAGACCUGCCUUACCGAACCUCUUCUCGCCUUUCGCGUCUAAGUGAGAGCAACGGGACAGACUCCGUGUGUCAAACUCCAGACGUUGACGAACUAGACUCGUUGCUUGCGUCGAGCAUUCUUGACUAUCAAGACAUCAAGCUCGCAUCCAUCUUCUGCAGAUCUCUCUCCUCACAGCCGGACAGGAUAAACUUUCUACAAGAUUUCUUCUGCUUCUUUGAAUCUAGAUCCGCUUUUUUGGACAACGAGACGGCCGUCGAAAACGAGCGAGAGAUGCCCGCGUUCUAUCGAGCCUGGCAGGAAGGGGAGGCAGCCGGAAGGUCCUCCAAGGACUCGGAGACUCUUGCGAAGCAUCGGAUGAUGAGCGACGUCUCCAUGCAAGACGCGCAGCUCUUGGACGAGAUUCGCAACAUCACAUCCCCGAGCAACCGCCGAAGGGUCCUCGAGUUCGUCAAGAGUCUGCAGGAAGAACCGGCUGAGAGCCUCGCUGACAGCACGUCGGAGGCUUCUGAUUCCAGCUGGAGGAGCAUAGAGCCCGACCUGUCGGAAGGGGGAGACCUCGCCAAAGUUCAUCCUGCUCCCUUGGAGGAAACGGCCCCGCUGUCCCACAAGCCCGUUGGCUCGUCAGCAUCCAAGAGGGCGAACCAGGAGAGGCAAAGCUGCAGGGUCGACUCCUCCGACUCUUCCUCGACCCAGGACGUUCGAAGUUCUCCAGCAGCGGCAGGAAAGAAUUACUUUGUCCGCCACCUGGAGAACGAGCUAGAGUCGCCCAACAAGAUGCCGGAGGAGUCUCGUGCCCCGGUCUACGUCGAGAGUGACGACGAUCUGUCAGGUCAAGAGGUCGAAACUCGAGCUGCGAAUGUGCCGGACCUUUUGACAAGCAACUUGAUCUUCGCGGGGUACGACUAUGCUGAGAGCGUGUCGAGCAGCCACCACGAGUCGAACGAAGAUGCUGAGGUGGGGUCUGAGCUGGAGCUGGAGGUGGACACCAUCGAUGUGUCGGGGGUCAAGCUGCGGCUGAUGCAGCAGCAGGACAGAGUCGAUGCGGCGUACAGUCACAGCCAUCUGGACGUGGCGUCACUUGUGGAGCGACGGCUCGUGGAGAAUGGCUGCGCGGUGGACGAGCACAUCAAGGCCAUGCUGCUGAAGGCUGCGAAGAACUCGAAGGCGCAGGAUGUGCACGGAGAGCAGGAGCAGGGGGACGAGGGUGCAGCAGAGCAGCAGCGCGAGAAGAUCUAUCGUGAGGUCGUUCAGCAUGUCUCGCGGGGGUUCGACGCGCAGAUCCGCGACUUGGAGGACGCAGCACCCGACCAGCUAAGGGACGAGCUCAUAGCUCGUCUGCAGGAGAGGAAGAACACAGAGAUCAAGAGAUUAUCAGAGGAGCGAGCGAACUUGACUCGCGAGAAGAAGGUUCAGAGCAUGCACAGCGAUUCGGAGAGCUCAGAUAUCUACGAGUCGCAUGACACCAAGAAGAUGGCGGAGGACGCUCCGUCCUCUUCGGCAGAGUGCGACAGUGAGAGGACGUCGAGUGCGGGGGCCUCCGCUCAAUCCUGGAUGGAGGAGAAGGGAGGGAGAGAAGGAAGUACCGAGGGGAAGGAAGGAGCCGAUGGGUUCACAGAUGUCAAGGUGAAAGACCUCUCCCACAAGAUAGAGUUCGGCAAGGAAGGGAUGCGGGUCCCUGCUGGCAUGCGGUCAGCGAUGGAGCGCAAGUUCGAGGAGGAGCAGGAAGGGGCUGGCGUAAAGGGGAGGAGCGAAGACUUUGUAGGGGAGCCGGAUGUGGAUCCGAACAGGUUCGACUUCGAGGUCAGGUGGGACGCGCUUCCUCCUGAGACGAAGGCAAGUGCGUGCUGCCUUGCUUCUCGUCCUUACCUGCGGGACCUGCAGGCUCGUCUCGAGGAGCUUCGCGCCCUCCAGGAGGAGCUGCUGGCAUCCGUUGGGAUCUCAGCGGCGGUACAGACCAUCCUGGUGAACAGCAGGGGAGAGACGAAGCGCAAGGAAGGGGAGGCCUCCACUACAGUCUCCUACUGCGGGAGUAGCGGGUCAGAGACCGAUGGGGAGUGGUGA